GGCUCCCCUGCCCUGUCACCGGCGGCGGCGACCAUGGCCGGAGCCAUGGUGGACCGGGCCAGCAGCGACAUGCUCAUCGGCCCCGACUGGGCCAAGAACAUGGAGAUCUGCGACAUCUGCAACCGCGAUCCCGGCCAAUCCAAAGAUGUCGUGAAGGCUCUCAGAAAAAGGAUUGGGCACAAAAAUCCAAAAGUUCAGCUUCUUGCAUUAACUCUGCUGGAAACUGCAAUAAAGAACUGUGGGGAUAUAUUCCACAUGCAUGUUGCAGAGAGAGAUGUGUUGCAUGAGAUGGUCAAGAUAGUGAAGAAAAAGUCUGAUCCACGUGUCAAAGAGAAGGUUCUGGUUCUAGUAGAUACAUGGCAAGAAGCUUUGGGGGGACCACGUUCCAGAUAUCCGCAGUUCUAUGCAGCAUACCAUGAGUUGGUGCGUGCUGGAGCUCAAUUCCCCAAGAGGUCCGACAGACCUGCACCGCUGUUUAAUGGUCAGUCUCCAGCAGAGAAAAGUAUGCGUAGUCCUGACCAACGGGAUGAAGCUGAAUCUUCUGCUGGAAAUGACUUCCCUGCUCUGAGUAUGUCAGAGAUUCAGAAUGCUCGUGGUAUCAUGGAUGUACUAGCAGAGAUGCUGAAUGCUUUAGACCCUGGAAACAGAGAGGGACUAAGGCAGGAGGUAAUUGUGGAGCUUGUUGAUCAGUGCCGCACUUACAAGCAGAGAGUGGUCCAACUAGUUAAUACUGCCUCGGAUGAGGAACUUUUAUCGCAAGGGCUUGCCCUGAAUGAUGAUUUACAGCGUGUUCUUGCAAGACACGACGCAAUUGCUGCAGGCAUUGCAGUCCGAGUGGAGAAAAAACCAAAGUCUCUGCAGGCACUUGUAGAUACCGAGGAUUCUGCAAACCAGGACUCUAAGAAAGAGCAAGCACUAGUGGAUAUCGGUGACCCCAUAAGCCAAGAUUCUAAAACAGAUCCAAACCAAAGCACAAGUGAGCAGUCUCCUUUUGAGCAACUAGCGCUUCCAGCACCUCCGUUGUCAAAUGGCUCAGCAAACCCCCCAAAACCUGAUUCGGGCGUUGAUCUUCUUAGCUGGGAUGAUACCCCAUCUACAGCAGAAAAUUCUCUAGCUCUUGUUCCAGUCACUGACCCUUUGGCUGACUCUACUUCAAAUCAAAGUGCUCUGGCAAUUGUUGACAUAUUUUCUCAGAACAAUGCUGCUAACAGCAAUUCCAGACCACUUGAUCCCUUUGGUCUGGAUUCAAGUCCCACCGUUCCGGGAACACAACCAUACAACACACAAACCCAACAUCCUGCACAAUCACAACAGCCUCCUCAGCAGGUGGCACUCUAUUCUAAUGGGAAUACUGUAAACCCUGGAACAUCUUAUGAUCAGGCGUCGCAGUUUAAUGGCACAAAUUCUGGGUGGAAUGGUCAAGUUGCCAACCAUGUGGCACCCCCACCACAGCAAAUAAACUACGAUGAUCAAAGUGGAGCCCUUCCGCCUCCUCCUUGGGAAGCUCCGUCAGUGCCAACCGAUGAAAUGUCAAAUGGCCAAUCGGGUGGUAUGCAUUCUCUCCAACCUCCAACAAGCCAGUUUGGCGGUGUGCAGCCAUUACAACCGCAGACCAACUAUAUGGGAGGUCAACAAACCCAGCCAAUGUAUAGCAACCAACCGGGAGCUAUGCCACCUCAGGCGAUGCAACCCAGCCAAAUUGUUGGAGCACAAAUGCAGCCAGGCUAUGGGAACCAGUUUGGGCAUCUGCCACCACAGUCCAUGCCAAUGCCAGGCAUGCAAUUUGCCGGUAUGCAACCUUCACCAAUGCCAGUAGCGCAGCCAGGUAUGAUGUAUGCACAACAAAUACCGGGCGCCCAGUUUGGAGGAAUGCCACAGCAGCAAAUGUAUGGUCGUCAGAUGGCGUCGCAAUAUGCGUAUGUGCAGCAGUCAGCUGCACAGUACUACAACCAGGGAAGGCCAGCGUAUGGGUACCCUGGCACCAACGACCUGUCCCAGAGUAUGUAUGGUCUCUCCAUGCAAGACAGCUCCUAUGCGGGAAUGAAUUCGUCCUACCAGACGACACCCUCUUCAUCACCUUCCAUGGGGCAACCAAUCAGGCCAUCGAAACCUGAGGACAAGUUCUUUGGCGACCUUCUGAGUAUAGCCAAGACGAAGCAGAACAGGGCUUCAUGACACGACCGAGUAAAAGUGUAAUUGGUCUAAUAUAUUUUGUCUAUGUUUUCUUACAAUUUUUUCCAAGUGGCUUGAUCAUACACUUGUGGCUCCCUUGGAUGUGUAAGCUUCAGUUUUGUUGCGCUGCUUCCAGCCCACAUUGAUUCCAUUAAAUUCUUUACUACGUGUGUAAUGGUCACGCCAGAGAGGAAAACAUUGGUAAAUGAUGAUUUAAUAAAGUUAAAUUGUUGUGAGGCAA